UGAUCAAUGGGGUCCGAGGCUGGAAGGAUUUUUUUGCACGCAGGCUGUCAUUAACACCACAAGCUUGGCUUGUCAUCUGACUUGGACUCAACACACACAGCAGGCGCAAAUCACUCAGACAGGGCCACAUCUGUUCCCCUGCCAUAGAUGCUGCGUACAAGAAGUAUAUUUGGCUAACCAGACAUAAUGGAUUUUAACGUCAGAAAAAUGGCCUCGGAUGCAGGUGUGUUUUUCACACGGGCCGUGCAGUUCACGGAGGAAAAGCUGGGACAGGCAGAAAAGACAGAGCUGGAUGCCCACUUUGAAAACCUUCUCAGCCGAGCAGACUGCACCAAAAACUGGACUGAGAAAAUAUUUAGACAGACAGAGGUGCUUCUGCAACCCAACCCAAGCGCAAGGAUUGAGGAGUUCCUCUAUGAGAAGCUGGACAGGAAGGCACCGUCCAGAUUAACCAAUGCAGAGCUUCUGGGUCAUUACAUGUUGGACGCAGCCAAAGACUUCGGUCCAGGAACACCAUAUGGAAGCACCCUGAUCAAGGUGGGAGACUGUGAGCGGCGUCUUGGAUGGGCCGAGAGAGAGUUCCUCCAGACCUCUGCCAUCAGCUUCCUCACCCCUCUCCGGAACUUCCUGGAGGGAGACUGGAGAACCAUCUCAAAAGAGAGGCGUCUCCUGGAGAACCGGCGCCUGGACCUGGACGUGUGUAAAGCACGGCUGAAAAAGGCCAAAACGGCGGAGGCCAAGGCAGCAGCUGUGCCUGAUUUUCAGGACACCAGAACACGGAACUAUGUCCUGUCUGCCAGUGCCUCUGCGCUCUGGAGUGAGGAAGUAGACAAAGCGGAGCACGAUCUCCGGGUAGCCCAGACGGAGUUCGACCGCCAGGCGGAGGUGACGCGCCUGCUGCUGGAGGGAAUCAGCAGCACUCACGUGAAUCACCUCCGCUGCCUGCACGAGUUUGUGGAGGCUCAGGCAGCCUACUAUAAGCAGUGCCACCUGCACAUGCUUGACCUGCAGAAGGAGCUGAGCAGUUCCAAUGGAGACGCGUUCCCGAACGCGUUCGCAGCGAACCCCGGCCACCCCGUGUCGCCGGCCAGCCCUCCCCUGGACGGCGGCGGCGGUGCCCUGGACGCCGGCGGCGCGGCGGAGGUGGACACGCUGAAGAUUGAGGAGGUGCAGGCCCCGGCGACGGGCACGCGCAAGGCCAAGGUGCUGUAUGACUAUGACGCCGCAGACACCAGCGAGCUGUCCCUGCUUGCUGAUGAGCUCAUCACAGUUUACACAGUUCCAGGCAUGGAUUCUGAUUGGCUCAUCGGAGAGCGCGGGAACCAGAAAGGAAAAGUGCCUGUUACAUACCUGGAGCUGCUCAGUUAGAGGAGUUAUGCUUGAAUACGCACGCGCACACACACACACACAACCCCAAACACACUUGCCUUUCAACAUGCUGAUAUUUAUGACCAAACACUUCCAAGUAUGUGCAGUGCUCCUAAUGACAGCAUGCACACUAAUGUGAAUUUGAAGGCAGCUGCACAACAUUGAUUAUGGAGAAAAAGUUGACUAACAAGGACAACUUGGUGGAAAGUCGUGUGACGCAAGUUGUUUACAUAUUGAAAUUUCCUGCAAUAUUUAUUUUCUUUAUCCUUAUGAAAAACUGUAGGAAACAGUAAAAAUGAAGUGAGUGUAGUAAUUAGAUGGAUAAAGGACAUGGGUUAAGAUUGAUGAUAUAGCGUCAUACAAGUUGACAACCAGGAUACACCUGCUCUUCUCACCUUGAUGUUCCACUCCAUCGCUGUACGCAAACAUAUUUCUAAAAGGCCACAUACAUUCCAAAAAGCACUCUACGCAAGCAUGGGGUUUUCCAUUCAUCUUAGUGUGGGCAACAUUCCUAUGUCGUAAAUGUUCUUGUCCUUAAUCUUUAGCAAAAACUGACACUGCCCAUACAGUUCAAGUUUGGAAAUGGAACAAACACACAGCUCAAAUAUAUAUGUGAGAGAACAAAGGUUGUGCUCUCGCCGAAGGCUUGAGCACACCCAAAUAUGAAUCGCCUUAAGAUGGGGUCCACUCGCUAUGGCCAUCUACUAUAAUCCAGAGAAUGUAAUCUCCACAACACCCACACUGACCUGCUGGUCAAACACGGCUUUUGAACAAGCUUGACAAACUGAAGUAUGCAUGACUGUACUCUUAUUUAUAUGAUAUAACGUUUGUGUUAGUUUUGCUCUUUGGAGUUUCAUUGUAUAUUGUCUGGCCUUUUUGUUGGUUUUAAAACAAAGUGUUUUAGGAGUUGUAGUGUCCUUUGUGUAAUGAGGUUGCAGAACCAGCCCAGGCUGCUGCAUGUGCUACUGCCAGUGAUUUCUAUGAAUGCUUUUAAUAGCAAACAGGCUGUUUUAGAUCAGAAAUAUAACGCAAUUAUUAUUUUUCUUGCCAAUCUUUUUGUACCAAAGCAUUUGCACAAGCAAAGUAUGUUCACUACCACACCGUACAAACUGUACCUGUGCAUGCACUCCUACGGUUUUAACUAUUGCUGCUGUGUUACUGUUUCGUUAUUAGUCUUCUAUUAUUUCUUGUUUGCUUUGACCUGUCUAUUUAUUGCCUGUUCCUAAGCCAUGUUGAAUGAAAAAUGUAUUAGGUUUAAUAAAAAUUAAGCUUUAUUGGGACA